AUGGUUGAGAGUGCCGCCGUGCGAGAUAUCAGCGAGGCCAGUGUGUAUCCCGAAUACGUCAUCCCCAAGCUCUACAUUAAAAUCGCAUACUGUGUAUCAUGCGCUAUUCACUCGCAUGUUGUUCGAGUCCGCUCGCGUGAGGGUCGUCGCAACCGUGCACCUCCUCCGCGUGUCCGGUGGAAGGAUGGCAAAAAGGUCAACCCGGCUGUGGCUGCGGCUGAGGAUGCCAAGGCUGCGGCUGCGAGGAGCGCAUAG